AUGAACAAUAACGAGUUUAAGGAGUUUCUUGCGAGCCUCGGAGUUCACUCCGCUGGCCGACUACAAGAACUACGCGACUCCGAGUCCGGUUCACCAUCAUCAUCUGAAUCAUCUGAAUCAGAAUCAGACCCACAAGAAAUCACUACGACAGACGGAUCAGAAGGAAUGAUUCCAGUCUACCCAAUUCACGCGAAUCCAGGUGGUUCUCCUCAUAGUCCUGAACCAACCUCAGUAGGUGACGUCUACUUCAUCGCCCCCAAUCCAGAUACCUGUCUUCUGGUCACAUCAGUUACACGUAUGCGAGUCAAAAUCUGGAUUCACAAAUCCUCGGUAAUGCAUACCUCCCCAGUUCUCGCGAAGUACUGCACAAGCUCCUCUUUUGUGAGCACAGUCAGACAUUCUCCGACUAGUGAGCCAAUCAACUAUGUCUCAAUUAUCUGGUAUCACAUCGAUGCCCUCGUCCUCCUGCUAAAGGUUUUUAACCAUGUCCCUACUGCCUUUCCAAAGCCCGAGGAGCUUUCAUUUGAGACUUUCUGGCAGUUGUGUGCCACGAUGGAAUACUUUGAGGUCAAUUUGUUGCCGUGGUUUGAUGUUUACUACAUGCAUUUCAAGGAAAAGAUGAUGGAGGACGGAUACGAAGGAUGGUUGAUCGCCGGAAAGGUUUUUGGCGAUAAGGAAGGGUACGCCAAGCUGGUAGCUAGAAUCAUCUUGGAGUUUAAGGGGUGGGAGUGGACGGGGACCAAGAAGGUCAUCUUGGAGGGGCCGAGGCGGGUGGGGCCCGAUGAGGAGAAGGUGGAGCUUUUGGAGAUGUGGGGGCCAGACCCCAUCUUCGAACACAUGAGGAAGGAGCACGCCCGCCUCAAAACCUCGAUCACGGGGUUGAUCACCACCUGGCACGCGUACAUGGUCCACCUAAGGACCAGCAGGAAGUUUACUUGCACCUGCUCCCCAGGCGGGGAGUGCGUGAUGGCAGCUAAAGAGCUGUCAUCAACCUUGAAGCAGCAGGGGCUCAUCCCCUCCAAACACCAUUCCGGGGAUGACGAGGAACGGAGCCUCGUAUCCCUCCGCCUACUCUUCCAGCCCCUCGAAAUAAGAUUGCAGCGAGGGAUAUUGGGGGGUAUGGCGUCCGACAGCGAUUGCCAUGUCUACGAGGGCAUGGCAAAGCUGGUCAGGGACAUCGACGGUGUGUUGGAGGGGGGAACUACCAUCCACACUACUUCCUCUGGCCUUUCAACCACCCCAAAGGGCCAAAUCAAGUCUACCAACGUCCAGGCUGAGUUGGGCCUCGUCGAUUGCUAUCGUUCCCACUGCAUGGCUUGUGGACGUCCUGUCAAUCCACUCCAUGGCAUCUGUGACUGUGGUAUUCAAAACGCCAAGCCUGGUGAUGUUAAGGGAGAUGCUGGGAAAUAG